CUGUUAAACAUUACUAUUGCUCCCUCUUCAGUCCACUCAUCUCAAAAAAAUAAAAGAAAAACCCCACUCAUCUCUUCUACCGUAAUUGCAUAGCCAAGUCAGGAGUUUCGUCCAAACCCUAAACUAUUUAUUUUUAGUUCUGUUUAUUAGCUGAUAGGCGAUAUUUAGCAGCUUUCACCCGGAAAGUAGUCCGGCGCCAUAAUUGGUAGGGUUCCGUAAUAUUUUCCUUGCAAACUCUCCAUUUUUCCUCAUUGGCGUCGUUGAUAGCGGCAGACAAUUUUUCCAGAAUCUGGAGUCCUAGCCGAGUUUGUGCCAAGUCCCAAGUCCAAGUCCUAUUUUGGGUGCCGAGCUCGAGUUUUCAAACUUUGCUUACAAGCAGCAAGUUGCAACAACUACCCAACACUAGCAUUGAAUUCAAUUUUUGGCAAGAGAUACACAAUCAGCGUAGGAGGAAAAAACACGUUUUUUGAGUGUAUCUGGCACCUACAACGCAGCUUAAGCAUCUGGCGCGUUUUCCCAGCAGAUUCAAAGUGUGUGUGAGCUUAAGCUCCCAAUUUGCUCAUAAGCCAUGGCAACUCAGAUGAGUAAAAAGAGAAAGUUUGUUGCUGAUGGAGUGUUCUUUGCUGAGCUCAAUGAGGUUCUUACACGUGAGCUUGCGGAGGAUGGAUAUUCAGGUGUAGAGGUUCGCGUGACGCCUAUGCGAACAGAGAUCAUCAUUCGUGCUACUCGUACACAGAAUGUUCUUGGUGAAAAAGGGCGGAGGAUCAGGGAGUUAACAUCUGUAGUGCAGAAAAGGUUCAAUUUCCCGGAGAACACUGUUGAGCUGUAUGCAGAGAAGGUGAACAACAGGGGUUUAUGUGCAAUUGCCCAAGCCGAGUCUUUGCGAUACAAGUUACUUGGAGGGCUUGCUGUCAGAAGGGCUUGUUAUGGUGUACUUAGGUUCAUCAUGGAAAGUGGUGCUAAGGGUUGUGAGGUUAUAGUAAGUGGCAAACUCAGGGCACAGCGUGCAAAAUCAAUGAAGUUUAAGGACGGAUAUAUGAUAUCUUCCGGUCAACCAGUCAAUGAAUACAUUGACAAAGCAGUGCGACAUGUUCUCUUGCGUCAGGGUGUCCUUGGAAUUAAAGUGAAAAUAAUGUUGGACUGGGAUCCCAAGGGAAAGCAGGGUCCCAUGACGCCACUGCCAGACUUGGUUACCAUUCACACUCCUAAAGAAGAGGAGGAAUUUGCCCUCAAACCCCAGCUCGGGAAAGAAACUGAAAUAAUUGUCUAGGCAGCUUUGUGUAAACUGCAUGCACUUCAUAUUUGCAUUUUUGUUAGUUCUUAGCGAGAUUCGGAACUUCAAAAUAUGUUCUCGAGAUAAGCAUGCGGAUUGAAAAUCAAUUAGACCAGUUCAGAGUAUCCUAUUUUUAUUCACACAGCAUUUGUGAAAUGUUUGAAUGCUAUUUUUUGAUGUUUUGCAAUCACUGGGUCAUAUGGGCCAUCAACUUUGUUAUGUGCUAGAUAAUGAAAUUUACAGUUUUAAAUGGAGGAAAAUAAUGAAAUGGAUAACCAUUAUCUGUUCAACAAUGGCUAUGAUCAAUAUUCAGGUUAUAUUUUUCUUCAA